AUGUCGAAAAAGAACGAUCUUGCUCGUCGAAAAAGGCAGCACGAAUUCGAACUCAAAAGAGAGAAAGAAGAAAGAGAAAAGAAGGCACAGAAGCUUCAAGCAAAGAAGAGCAAGAUGAAAGUUGAUGGCAGUGGCAAGAACAAGAAAGGUGGGUUUCAAGUUGGCAAGAGGAAAUUGAAGACCAAACUGACAGCGACUGCAAAAGCUAAAGCUGCCCAAGCAAUGGAGGUUGACAAAUAA